UUGUUAAUAACGGUUGGGUAUUGUGAGCUGAAACUCUGAAACCGGGUUCGUUGUUUGCCAUGGAAGCUGCAGUAUUUUCUUCUUGUUCUGUACUUUCCUUAACCACUGAAAAAACAAGGAACACAGUCACACACAAUUGUUCAUUGAGUGUGAGAAAAUGUUGUAAUGUUGGGGCUAAGAAUGAAGGAACAAGAAGAAGAAGAAGAACAAGGGUGGUGGCUUCUUUGAAUGAUGUAACCACAGUGCUUGACCCUGCUCCAGCAGAAAUCACAUGGCAAAUUGUGGUUGGAACCAUAGCUGGGGUUACACCUUUUGUGGUGGCAGGGGUUGAGUUUAGCAAGAGAAUUAUGGCUCAAAGAAGAUGUGAGGUGUGUGGAGGGUCAGGGCUUGUUCUUAGGGAAAAGGAAAAGGACUAUAUCCGUUGCCCAGAAUGUGGUGGAUUUCUUCCAUGGCAGUCCUGGAAAAGAUUCUUUUCUGGUUAAUGUCUUUGUACAUCAUUGUAUAAACAUACUUCAAAAUUAGCAACUCUAUUUUGGCUAAGAUUCUAUGUGUGACUAAUGUAAACAUUAUACAACAUAGUAAAGCUAUUUGCUGUUAUACAAACUUCAUUGGAAUGAUCAUAAUUCCCUCAUGGAAAAAUGGGAUUUGCUACCUUAUUGACAUACUCUGGGGAAAAUUUCUGUGCACCAGAGAUGAAAAAUAAGAGUUAGGAUUUCCUUUUGGGCUCUGAUCAAGAUGUUUCACAUGCAUCUGCAUAGUAUAGAACUGUAAUUCAGUUAUGGAUGUUCUUGCAUGAAAAGAAAUUGUAAUCCAUUCCAUUUGAGAAGAUUAUAUACUAGUGAAAAUUUUCUCUGUUGUAAUA